AUGAUUGAGUUGAGGACAUACUUUUCAGUGGACAAAGUCAAAGGUUCUACAGCAGACAUCCACCUUUCUGAGCCUGUGAAAGCCAAAGAGACAGAACAUGUGGUGGUUUUUGAAGACUACGGAAUCUUGACACCUCCUGGGCAACACCUUUACCUGGCAUGUCAAACAACUCUCCCAUCCAACGCCGUAGGUGGGACGGAGUGUUUGAUUUUAGCUGUUAUGGCCUGUGACAGGUAUGCAGCCAUAUGUCAGCCAUUACACUACAAUACAGUUAUGAACAAGACAUUCUGUAUAUGUGUGGCUGCUGGAUCAUGGAUUCUUUCCUUUAUCAGUGCUUUCCUCCAUGUUUAUUUUACCUUUCAACUGCCUUAUUGCCGUUCUCACAAUGUUAACCAUUAUUUCUGUGAGAUGCCUCCUUUCUUUCGUCUCUCUUGCCGAGAUACUUGGCCCAAUGAAUUAGCCAAUUACAUCACAGCCAGUAUAAUUGCCAUGUGUUCCUUCCUUUUAAUUCUGAUUUCAUAUAUUCACAUAAUCUCCACUAUUCUGAAGAUCCGUUCUAGUGAUGGAAGAAAAAAAUCUUUCUCCACGUGCACAUCCCAUCUCACAGUGGUCUCUCUGUUCUAUGGCACCAUCUUGACCAUGUAUAUGAGCCCCCACACUGCAUAUUCAAGCAUAGGCAAUACAUUGUCCAUUAUUUAUUCAACUGUGAUCCCAAUGCUGAAUCCUAUCAUCUACAGCAUGAGAAAUAAAGAUGUCAAAAGCACCAUAAGAAAACAAAUGAAAAACAAAAACUAUUUCUGA